UUUUUUUUUUUUUUUUUUUUUGUGAGGCUCCUGUUGCUCUUGCUUCAUUUCUCUUUUUUUUUUCAAUUUCAUUGUAAAUAUGUCCAAUACAAAUUAUCAUCAAAGAGAACAAUACCCAAUCUCAGCACUACCAAGUAACAAUACAUCACCUCCAACUUUACCUGUGCACUAUAUGCCUAUGUCACCUUCACCUACACCUACUGUCAAUCCAGCACUCAUGCAUGCUGAUUUUGAGAAAUUUGAAAAAGAUGAUGGUAUAACAAAACCCUUUGAGAUAAAUAGAGAUACACAUCUAAACUGUCAUUUUUUUUUCUGUUAAAAUUAGAACGAAACCAGAUACCUGAAUUGGGCGAAGAGCACGAUCAUGGCGGACUUGAGCAAGAACAACAAAAGGGUAAAAGGAGGCGUAUGAAAGGAAGAAAUGCUUGUAUUCGGUGUAUGUGUUGUGCUUGUAUUCCCGCCUGGGCAGCGGGUAUCCUGUGGUUUAUUAUUAUCGCGAUUAUCAUUGUUGUGAUUGUGAUUGGAAGUAUAGCAGCCACAUUUGUGAUGCCUACUGUUGACUUGGCAGGCAUAUCGAGCACUUCAACAACAGGCUCUCAGAUUAGCUUUUCUGGAAAUAGCAUCAAUAUCAAUUUUGGCCUAAUUGUUAAAGUCAAUAAUCCAAAUUUACUUGGCAUUCAACUAUCAAAUCUUGACGCUACUGCAUAUUAUCCAAAUAAGCGCGGAGGGAACACACGAAUUGGUGGAGGAUAUAUGGACUCGCAAUACUUACCAAAAUACAGUAAUUUCAAUUUCACAUUUCCUUUUGCGAUUGAGUACAAUCCAACCUUGGAUACCGACCAAUCUGUCUUGAAUGAUCUUGCAGAAAAGUGCGGUUUAACGGGAGGUCAGGCUGAAGAUAUUGUCAUCAGUUACACGAUUAAGCUUGCAGCCAGAGUGCUUUUUAUCACGGUGCAUCCUACCAUCGCAUCAUCUGCUUCUUUUGCUUGUCCAAUUGACAACGGAGAACUGUCAGGGCUUGGAGAUGGAACAACUGGAUUUGGCUUGUAAAUAGUUAUAUAUACAUAUAUAUUGAAUUAUUCCCUUUACGAUUCUUUUUUUUUAUAUACAUAUGGAACUAAGGGAAGUUCGCCAUGACAUAGUUUUGUUUUUGUUGUAGACAAUGAGCUUACUGUAAUUAGCAAUAAAGCUAAAUAAAAAAAAAAAAAAAACGUAUUCUUCCUUGC